AUGGAGAAAGAAGGAAGCGAAAACACACCAUACGAUCAAGCUGUUAAUCUUAUAAAUCAAGCACUUGACGUGUUGAAAAAUACUUCAGGCAAUCAACAAACAGGAUCGUGUAGCAGCGUACAUUCUACUCCAAAAGCAGCGUCAACUCCGCCGUCAAGUACAUGUCUUUCUGCACCAUCUGCUUUAAGCAAAACACCAAUGACACCAUUGACACCUACUCUAAGGCCUACAGAAAUGUCGAGACUGUUUCCUUUCUUUGGGUCUCGUGGUCGUGCUACAAACAGCCGUCAAAGAAAUUCGCCUUAUAUGCAAUUUAAGCCAAAGGAGUCUUGGACACAUACAUUUGUUUGCUUGUCUGAUAUCGAGGAAGAUCAAAUACCAUCCAAAGAAAGGAAACGAGUUUUAAAAGAAGGGGGACUCGGAGAAAAGAAACUAAUUUUCAGCGACAAGAACGGUUCAUUUCAGCAUGUUAAAACUACAUUGGAAAAAGAGUAUCCCUCGUUAAAAGAUCUCGAAGGGGCAUUUGAGAUUCUUAGGUCAGGUGGAUCUCGAAGAAUGUUGCAAGUCAUCCCUAUUCCUCCUGUAGGAUAUACUGUGCCCGCAUUAAAAUAUGCACUUGGCCAAGCCAUUGCUUAUAUAAGGCCGUUACAAAAGAAUCUGCAAUUAUCAGCUUGCUUUAAACAAGUAUGUAAAAUAACUUGUUAUAUGUACCUGUAUAUAUAUAUAUAUAUAUUUAAUACAAGUAUCAAAGUUUAAUAUUGGGCAAAACUUUAAUAUCACUCCACAAAUAGGGGGGGGGGGAGUGCAACAGUCAAAAAUAACACUUAUUGAAUUCAGUUUAUAUGAUAUCAAGAAUUAUCAAGCAUUAUCAAGAUGAAGCUUGAUAAUACGAACUUUUGCUUGAUAAUUCUUAUUUGUAAGCUUGAACUGUUGCUAGUUGUAAGAAGCUAUUUGUGUUGCAACACAUUCCUCAUUUUUUGGCAAUCGUCAUUGGCAUGACGUCAUAGCAUUUAAUUACUUUUUAAUAUGUCAAUGUCAUAACAUCCGAAACAUCACUUUAUUUGAAUUUUAGAAACAGUGUAUCUUGCCCCUAGACCACCAAUUGUUUAAUUAAAUUAACAAAAACCAUCUCAGGGUUAUUGUUUCCCUUAGUACCAGUGACAAGUGACAACUAAUAUGGUAUUAUGUGUUACAUGGACUGAAUGCCUUAAAGUAGCUUUCAAUCAUUAUAGCCUGGUGGGAAAAUUGACUUGAACAGUGCACCAUCAGUAACUUGUGUUAACUGUGGAGAGAUAAUACCUAUACCUGCUCUUCGCAAACAUGAAGAAGAAUGUAAUGGAGGACCUAGUGGGAAGAUAGAGGUAAUAAAAAAUGUGUGUGACACUAAAGAUACUGUCAAUAAUUAUUAUUGAAGAUAACAAUAGUAAAUAGCCAUGAUAAUGAUAUUGUUUAUAUAAAUAUAACAUAUAUACUCAGGAGGUGGAUAGUGCUCUUCACGCAAUUUGAUUGGCUGCUCAGCUCCAGAUAUCCUUGUACUAUUCACAUCUGGACAAAAAAAACAAAAUGGCUUCCCGAUUUGUUCCGGUUUCAGACAAGCAAAUUUCUGCACUAAUAAACAAACCUACGGCUUCACCCAACUGGCAAAGAAAGCCACAAAGUGUUGUGUAAUCUAACAGUGUGUAGAUGUAUUCUUUAAUUAAAAAUAUUUAUAAAAUAACAUGUAUAUAAUGCCUGCUCUGAUUGGUCGAAACCCGUGUUUGGAUCAGGCCAUCCAAACACGGAAACCAUAAAGUAAUUAAUUAAUUAAUAAAAAAUUUUCCACUGUUUUUUGGUCAUUUAUAUUUUGAUAUCAAUAAUGAUAUCCUUGCACUAUUCAGCGACACGAAAGUGAAAUAAUUAACAGUUAUUCUGCGAACUCGAGUCGUAUCGUGCAGUGCCGUAGCAAGCUCGAUAAAUUGGGGGGGGGGCUCAUAUUCAUAUAUUCGUGUUCACAGACCAUAAAAACAAUCGCUUUCAAAAGAAAUUAAUAUAAACGCAGAACACGAAUAUAUGAAUACGAGCCCCCCCCCCAAUUUAUCGAGCUUGCUACGGCACUGCUAUGUGAGCUGAUAACCUUAUCAAUCAACACAACUUGCCCUAAACCUAAUAAACAACUUCUUCUAUUUCUUUAAUCCAUUAAGCUGCAGAGCUUUCUCAUUGACGAGUAAAAUCGUCUAGCGUUAGACAAGUAAAAAAAUAAGUUGGGUGCACAGUGGGGCGCAUUGCAGCUCGAUGUGUUAACUUAAUAGAGACAUCAGAUUUUUUGGUAAAUUACCCAUUCAGCCACAAUGCGCCCUACUUAUUUUUUUUUUACUCGUCUAAUGCCAGAUGAUUUUACUUGUUAAUGGGGAGGCUGUGCAGCUUAAUGAGUUAACCCACGGCGAUAAAACAUAUAAUUUACUUUUUGUUUCUGGAAACACCACAUAAAUUUAUCACUGGAAAGCUUUUUAUCCAUAAGCCCAGAUCUUCGUCAGUGCUAAUAAUAUUUAUAAUAUAGCAUUUGUAAAUUCUUAACGCUGAUUGGCUAAGAGCCGUGUUGAUAUAACUCAAUGUCAACACGGGAAAUUUUCCGCCGCUUGUAAACAUGGAAAUUGUUCUUAUCUUUCGGGCUUUUGACAUUGCUAUAUUAUAAAAAAAAUAUAAAACAUUUUUCCGUUUUGAUAUAUAGUUAUAUCAACACUCGUGGAAGUUGGGAAAACUCGAAAUUGUAUGAAAACACUCCGCCCUUCGUGUUUCCAUACAAUUUCUCGUUUUCCCAAUUCCACUCGUGUUGAUAUAACUCUAUAUCAACACGGAAAAUGUUUUAUAUUUGUUAAAUGUAAAACUAUGUAUUACUGUGUUUUUACAUAUUAUUAGCACUGAUGAAGAUUUGGGCUUAUGGAUCGAAAGCUUUGCAGUAAUAAAUUUACCUGGUGUUUCCACAAACUUAUAAACAAUCGGUAGAAGUAUUUUUAUUUUAGUUAAUGCUAAAAAAAGUGAAUAACAUGCUGUUUACUUUGGAUAUAAUCUAAUAUCCUGCUAGUAGAGAGCCAAUCAAAUUGCAGAAUGGAUCAUAUCCGGUAGUUGUCUAUAUAUAAUAAUUGUUAAUAUGUAUAUAUAAUAUCAAUGUUGUGUGGCUUCUAGGUUAAUCAGGAAACAAGUCCACAACAAAGGUAACAUAUUACAUGAUAUCCAAAUUCUAAAGCAGUAAAGUGUGUUACAUUAACAAUGUCUUGCACGUUUUGUAAUUUUACUGUUUUUAUAGUGUAGAGAUUGAAUCAACAUCUCCUGAUAAUGAAGUUGUGGAUACUGAAUCGACUGAAUCCAGACCCAUAAAAAAUGAUGUGGUAGACCUAACAACUGUAAAUACACAUUAUUCGGAAGGCACUUAAACUACAUGUAAAACAUUCAUAUAUGACCAUAUAUGCUAUUUAAAACACAAGCAGGAGUAAAACACGAGAGCACAGCUCAAGUGUUUUAAUAUCUGAUGACACACUGACUGCAAGUGUUUUAAAUGGCUAAAAAACGACCCGUCUGAUGAGUUCAUUGGUGUAAUUUUAAAAAGAAAUGUUGUUUCCUUCGUCUUUUCCUCAUGAAUUAUUAACGAGUUGUUAUAUAUAUAUAUAUGUAUAUAUAUAUGUAUACGUAUACGUAUACAUAUAUAUAUAUAUAUAGAUAUACAUAUACAUAUACAUAUACAUAUACAUAUACAUAUAUACAUAUACAUAUAUAUACAUAUAACAGUGAUAAAAUUAUUUUAUUUUAUUUUUUUAAGUCGUUAUUGAAAUAUUUGAAUUACAGAAUCCAGAUGAUUCACAGAAGUUGGCAUCUAUACUAGACAUGUUUCCUGAUAAGAGCUACAGAGAAGUGCAAAGGAAAUUUUCUGAAAUAGGCUCAGUGGAGGGAACAGUCACAGCUCUUUUAGGUAGGCACAGAAAAACUAUUAUUUCAAUUGGAAUAUGUUACCAUCUGAAGUAGUGCAAGCCCCAAGCAUGGCAACAUUGAGAACUGCAGUAAACAGGGCAAUAUACCUCUUAUGAAUUCAUGUACUUGUUCAUCUAAAACGUUUUUGAAGACUAUCAUGAUCUUUUUUGGACGUUUCUGGUAUUACUAUUAGCGAAAGCUAUUUGUGGAAGUAAACGUAACUAAGAACUAUAAUAACUCAUAAUUAUAAUGUCAUAAUAGACUCAUAAUGUCUGGCUGCACAUAAGUAGGGAAGAAUACAAAAUGCUUGAACUCUUGUAGAUGAUACUGGAAAAAUAUAACAAGAACAUUGACCUUGAGCAAACUAGCCAUAUUGCCAUAUUAAAUGAAACUGCACACCCUUGCCAAUCCGGGGAAGACCACAGCAGUCAACAUGCAGGCCUGCAUGCAUGGUUAAUAACAGUGCUGCCCGGAAAUAUUAACACAUCACUUCCUUUUCUUACAUUUUGCAGGAUUUGUUUCAUCUUAUAUGCAAUGUUAAAAUGCCAUAUAAUUUCAUUGUUUAUAAAUUCCAAAUCCAUUUUUGAAAUCAAAAAUGUCUUGUGUGAAGAUUAAAUUUUACCACCAUGUGCGGCACUAAUACAGUACCUAAACCUUACUACCUAAUGCAGAAAGUUACGAAUGAAUUUUAUUUUGGGAUUUUGUUGCCAGGAAGACAAAUAUCAUUUCUAGGCCUACUACCCUUUGUAUUUAAGCUCAAAGCUUGAGCUAUUUCACAUUUGUGUACUGUUUAUGUAUAAAAAAUACACUUCACAAAUUAAUAAUUUAAAUUAUGUCAUUUCAAUUGCGUUCAAAUGAAAUUUCCAUUUGAAAAUACAGUUGUACUUCAUUGAUCAAAUGAAGUAAUUCUUCAUUGAUCAAAAUGAAGUAAUUAUUAAAUUAGUGUAAAACAAAUCUUGGCAUUAUGGCUGACUAUUGCUAUUGUGGAUUUAGAUGAUGAUGAGGAUGAUCUUAUGGCCUCGGUAUUUGACUCCCCAUUACCUGUCACUCUCAGUAGUUUCAAACAUCGCUGGUUAAAUAGUAAUUCAAUGCAGUCCAUUGUGAUUGAUCAUCAUAGUCCCAGACCUCUGCGAGACAUUUUUAAAUUACACAAGAAGGGACUCAAUAUAAGGGCAAUCCCAGAUGUUGAAUUCAAAGGGGAAGAUGGCACAGAUGCAUCAGGUCCUACGAGGGAAUACUUCCAUUUGUCAAUGAGCCUUCUAACAGCAGGGGAUUCCUCGAUUCAAUUGUUUGAAGGGCAAAACGAUCAUCUCAUGCCAAUUCACUGUGUUGAGUCACUGGAUUCCAUGCUAUUUUACUACACAGGAGUCAUGAUCAGUCACUCAUUUCUACAUGAUGGAUACCCACUUGUUGGUCUAUCAAAAGCAGCAGUAGCAUACAUUAUAACAGGUUCCAUUUAUGAAGCAAUUCCAUUUCUUAGCAUAGAAGAUGUUCCAGACUAUGAAAUACGGCAAAUGCUUGAAAAGGUAUUGUAUGUUACACUAGUAUACAUAUAUUUAUGCUUUAGAUAAUGGGAUGCACAAAACAUGGUUUAUGGCAGGUAACAAAUUUUAGUUAAGAAUAUAAUAGCCCCAGACCACUACUCUAAUUGAGUGAUUUGACUGCGAUUUCAGCUAUUCACAACAGUAUAUUUACAAAAAACUGUUAACAUGUUGAUUAGGUAAGAGAUGCUAACACAGAUGAGAUGUUCAAGGAACUCAAUGAAAAUGAGGCUAUUGUUACAAUGCUUACUGCAGCUGGAUUUGUGAAUAAGUUAUUGACAAGCACAAACAGGGAUGCAGCACUUGAAUCCGCAAUGCUUCACCAUACCCUCAUCGUUAGAAAACUAGAAAUGGAUGACAUCAGACGCGGAAUGGAAACAAUACAAUUGGCUAUGUUCCUCAAUAGAAAUAAAGAAUUAUGGGGUUCAUCACAUGUUUUUCCACAAUCAAGUCAAGUUAUCGUGUUAGCUGAAAGUUUAGAGAAGAAAUUGGUGUUACACUCCAGUGUUAAACAAGACGAUUUGAACGAACAGGAGAAAUUAGCAUUUGAAUGGUGCAAGGAAUAUGUUAGAUGCCUACCAGGUACAUUUACUGUACAUAUUAAUUAAUGAGUAAAUUAUUACUUAUAGUAUAGAAACAGUUUUUUAUGAAACAAUUAGCAUAGUAGUAUGGUGAACGGAAACAUUAGUAAACAGGUACAUGAUAUUUGCUUCUACAUAUUAUAGGGGUGCACCAUUUUUUUACAGUUCCAGGUUCCGGCUGGAACUAAUAAAGAAAGCAUGACCGGAACCGGAACUCUGUCGUUUUCAGAGAGAUAGAGUAUCAAACGUUUUUGUGUCUAACAGAGAGUCGCAGUAGGAAGAAAUUUGGACUACACACGGGAAAUGUACACUUUUAACACUUCAUUAUGACGUUUAACGUUUGUCAAUCUUUUUAUUCUAACAUUUGAGCUCUCUCCUUGAUGACUUGAAGUGUCAUUUCAGCUCUCUCCUUGAUGACUUGAGGUGGUUGUAUCCCUUUAUUAAGUAAUUUUACAAAAUUUCUUCAAAAUUUUGGUUUAGUGUGUUUUAUAUAUUUUAAGUAUUGUACUUUCAGAAUUUAUAGUUAUUUUUAUGAAAUUUUUAUUUAUUAAAUGCGAAAAAUGCUUUUAAAGUGGUCAUGAUCCAUAAUUUUCUCCCUAGCAACACCUUAGCAACGAGUUUUUAUCCAAAAUUUACAUGAAUUAUUAAAAAAACCGAGUCUUUUGUGGUUUCUACUUUUGAUGUAUGCUUUUUAAGGUCCUUUUUGUUAGCUGCAAUUUGAUUGGUUCAUUUUGCAUGUACAUGGCAACCCCUUUUUUCAUAGCAACUUCGCGGUCAUUCGCAAAGCUCUGGCUGUAAACAUAGCGUCGAAAAUCUUUGUUAUUUCUGAUUAUUUAGACGAAAAUUACUGUUCUUUGUUGAAUAUUAGUAUCGUUCUGUUAUUUUGUUUGUGAUUAUCGAUAAAAAUAUUGGAAAUAAUCGAAAUAGAAAGAGAAAAAAGGCAAGAAAUUCACCGUCAAAGAAGGCCACGAAAUUCAAGAUGGCGGCGAACCAUGUUGAUCAAAACCCUAGGCCAUCUAAGAUGAAAAUAGACGAUGUAAGUGUAAAGUUUGGCUACAAUCCUGGUCAUACUGACUAUGUUAAAGCAGGUACUAUAUUUAUGGACUUGUUAGUUCUGUUUGGCGUUUUUAAUCAAGUCCUGAAAUCAUUGCCUUGAGUGUGGGAACAACAUGACUUCCCAUGUUGACUUGAAAAAGAAGAAUAGCUUCUCGCAUUACAUUGUCAUGCAAUGUUAUAACAUGGAGUGUGAAUGGAAAUGCUGCUUCCAUACUUCACAAAACCAAGGGGCCAUCAUAUGAAGUUAAUGUCCUUGGCCUCCAGCCUCCUGGCAUUCAGAGAAAUUGGUCGAGGCCAUAAUACUAUGGUAACAUUCACCAAAGUAUGCCAAAGUCAUGAACAUGCCAUCACGGAAUCACCAUAAUCCAACUGGAACAUUACAAAAAUGCUAAACAAGCUGCUGCCUGUUGUGAAACAGUUGGCAAAUGACAGCAUGCUAAACAAUACCAUGAUUGUUAAAGAGACUUGUGCAAAUGACAAAGGCGAAUGUGGAAUUUCCCUUGAUGGAACUUGGCAAAGACAAGACCAUGUGUCGCACAAUGGUGUUGUUUCCGCCAUCAUUAGAUACCAAGAAAUGCCUUAAUGAACAUGAAAUACUGUCAGAUAAAUGUCAGAAAUGGCAAAAGAAAGAAAACAACCCAAAAUAUCAAGAGUGGAAAGCUAGUUGCCACUGUAAGAUCAACCAUGCUGGACAUGCCAAUCGUAUAUGAUGAAUCACAAAUUACAUUCUCACCAAAAGAAAGCAGAGAAACAAUUAAAAGUAGAUGAAAAACACAAUAGGGCAUCUGAGAAAAAAGUAUAUAGAUGAGGCUGAAGAGAAAGUAGGUGUUAUGUAUGAAGUAGGGGGCUUCUGAAGCUUUAUAAGGUACAUUAACUGUAAAUGAAACUUUUAAAGUGGAUUUUCUCUUUUUGGCAAUUUGACGUGUGUCAGCAAUACUUGGAACCAUGUAAUUUUCUAGGUUUUUAUUAUAGAAGCUUGAUACUUUGCACAUCUAUAGUCUGUACCAUUGUUCAUUGUGUGACACUCUUCAAAUUGCAACAUUGUCCAUUAUUGAUGAAUUAUUAACAAAUUACAUCAUAAAUAUUUCAAUUAAAAGUACCAAUAAUGCAAAAUUCCAUUUUUGGCUCUAAAAUUUUUUAUUAAUGAAUUCUGGAAAAAAAUGAAGAGUGUCACAUAAUAGAUGAGGUCCUAAGCUUUUAAAAAAUAUAUCACUCAUUAAAUUUGGGUAAUUGGUUAAUGAGAUAUGAAGUUUGCGACGCUAGGCAAUUAUGGCCUAAUUAAGAGCCGCCAUAUUGGAUAAUUAGUGUAAUUAGUGACUUUGGUAAUUUUUUUUCCACAGUUCAUUUUACUUGACCUAACCCUUUCAGAAAAUGAUAUUUUCACUUUAUUAUCUUUAAAAAUAAAAAAAAAUGGUUUAAAGGGGUACAACCACCUUGAAGUGUCUGCCUGUCUGGCAGCGGACAAAGUAACAUACGACUAUAUAUGGCUUAAUAAAUUGGUUCCGGCCGGAACUUUUUUCCAGUUCCGGUCGGAUCCGGUUCCAGCCGGAACUUAAAAAACUGGUUCCGGUGCACCCCUAACAUAUUAAGGAAUUCGAAAUGAAUUUGAAAUUUUAUUUUGUGUAAAUAUAAAGUUAGAGAAUAAUUCUCUCAUUUUUUUCAAAGUUCACGCUGAAGAUGAUUAUGUUCCCACCACUGGAAUGUUUUUACAAUUUGUCCUUGGAAGCCCACAAUACCCAACGCAACCUGUAUACGUGAAGUUCAACAGGAAAGAAAAAUCGCUGCCAGAUCCCGAAUCGUGUUUGGGCAUUCUCUCUCUACAUGUGAAUGCCAGUAGCUUCGCAGAUUUUAAGAAGAAAAUGGAUGCAACUCUGUCGGCACAGGCAACAGGAUAUGGUAGAUUUUAG